AUGCGCAGUCCCCGGAUCGCUAUGCAAUCUACUGCAAACACCCAGCGGGAUGCUGUAUGUCACAGUGAAUGUCUACCCGAGGCUGGCUGUUGGGGUCCAACAGCGGACAUGUGUGCGCAUUGUUGCAACCGGAAGGCCGGAGACUAUUGUGUGUCGGAAUGCACUGACCGCCCGGGUUACUACGAGGUUCGACGAUCCGAGUCACCGGUCAUUAAGCAACACACCCCGGGCUCGUGUCCCACUCUGGCCAAAGAAAUAUAUUUGUCCAAAGUGGUGGAUGUGGAUUCCAUACGAGCCGGUCGAAUGCCCGCUCAGGAGUGCAGUCGAUGUCACGAGGAAUGUGCACAAACUUGUUACGGUCCCGGACCAAAUGAGUGUCACGGUGGAUACAGUACGACACAACAGUACCAAUGUCUGAUGCGUGACUGUCCUCUGCGACACUACAUCGAAUCGUACGCGCCGAUCGAUUUCAUCCGUAAAGAACAGCUAACUGUGUCCACCGACACGGAGGAACUCGCCGGGAGCAAGUUGUCCGCCGGUUUCAUGCUUCGCGUGUGCAAGCCAUGUCAUCCGUAUUGUGAGGUGUGUACCGCGAACGGCACGCACAGUUCGAUUUGUCACAAUUGUUUGCACUGGUGGUUCAAAUCCGAAUGUGUCUUACAAUGCCCGCCAGCGGAAACCUAUACUCCCAAAGAGACCACUACGGUUGUGCCCACACUGGCUCCCGAAACCAAGGUCGGCCUAGAAGCCGGAAAGCAACGUCCAACUCGAGACAGUCCUUUCAAUGGCAAGGCAAAUAAUGCUACACUUGCAUUGGCUCNGAGGAAUGCGUCCAAGGUUGUUCGGGCCCGGAACCGACAGACUGUGCAAAGUGUCGGAAUUAUAUGA